CCGCUAGAGGGCGGUCGUCGGCCAGGCCCCGCCCGCUCUACCCUCCGCUCUCAUGGCUGCCCUCCGGUCGCUGGGCUCGACUCUCGUCUGGAGAGCAAGGCCGGCUUUCACUCGCAGUUUCAGGCAACCUCAGCGAAAUCAUCGCCUCACGCCUUCCGAUGAUGAGCUUCUCCAGAAAACAACGCUCCAUCAUUUGGAAAGAGAAUCACCAAACAUCAUAUUUAUUGAAAAUUACACUAAUUAUGGUUUCUUCAUCAAUGGGAACACAGUGGUAGGCCCUUGCGCUAUUUUGCCACAAGCAAUCCUGCAGUGGAAUGUUGGCACAUAUAAAGAUAUUAUUCCAGAGAGUCUUACUCUGUUCUAUAUGCUGGAGCCCAAAAUAGAAAUUGUGGUCCUGGGAACGGGAGCUAAAGUAGAGAGGCUGGAUCCCGAUAUCCUGAAGUGUUUGCAGCAACGUGGGAUUGCUGUGGAAAUACAAAGCACGCCUAAUGCUUGUGCCACUUUCAACUUCCUGGUAAGCGAACGACGUGUGACAGCUGCUGGACUCAUACCUCCUCCUCCUGCUGCCAUGUUUGAAUAAGCCUUUAAGGGUAAGAUGAGACGAGAGGCGUUCUAAGCAGGCUAGAGAAAGAGACUCUACUGUCAUGGUUGCCUGGCCCUUCAGGGAUCCAUCAGCUGCUUCUCCCAGUCAACAGACAAGCAUCAGCUGUAAGACGGUUGCCAAAAGAGCUGUAAUCCCCCCAGGAUUACAGCUAGAUCUGAGGCGAGCUGCUCUUCCUUGCAGUGCAGCAUGAGCCCAGCGUGGAAGAGAAGGCCUGAAAGGGAUUGUCACCACUGUUUGUGUCUUGUAUCUAGUUGUUAUCUGAAACGACUGCAGGCUGCUAGCGAAUUUCUGUCCUCAAGAGGAAAUCUGCCAGAUAAGACUGAAAUAAAAUUAUUUGUCCAAAAUUGA